AUGAAUGACGGGACACUUUGCCUUCCCCUGUCACUAGUUAGCAAGAUAUGGGAUGAAGGAAUAAUUCUGUUAGGUCCCCAACAAAUUGCAGUGCAGGUUGCAGGUGUGCCAACUAAUAUCAACUUUCUGCAAAAACUUGCUAACCAUAGGGCAUUUCAAAGUGGAAAUGUGGAAACUCAUUUUAUUCAGCACCAUAAAGAUGACCUCUUUGUUGAUCCUAGUAGUUCCAAAAUAGCAAAGGUUUCUUAUAGUGCUGCAAGACUCAACGCAAUGCUAGUAGCUGCAUGUUUUUGUGAACUAGAACAUUCUGCUUUUAAGCAAACUCCCCUUGGGAGCCACAGGGUACUUCCCAUAUGGUAUGCUCAUCCUCCUUUCAGAGUCCAUCAUCAUGCUAGGCGUAUUAUGGAACUUGAGUGGGAGAAUGAAUAUGAUAGCAGUUGCUCGAAGCUUUUGACACUUACUGUCAUUUAUCAGCCAGAUGGGAGCUAUCUGAUUGAGAUGGCAGAAGAUGGUUCACCUGGUUUAGAAGUCAAAGCGACAUGCCUAGGUGAGCAUGAUUUUAGUGUUGAAUUUGAUGGUGCAAGCACAGAUGUUAGUUUAGCUGUUUACACCAAGGAUCGGACUAAGCACAUUCAUGUAUGGAAUGGUUUACAACACCACCAUUUCAAGCAAAAAUUGGGGCUUGAGUUGUCUAAUGAUGAAGAAAUCCAACAUAAGACCAGUCAUGAGAUUGCAAAAGGCCCUCCGGGGACUGUGGUAGCACCCAUGGCUGGUUUAGUAGUAAAGGUUCUUGUGAAAGAUGGGACAAAGGUGGAAGAAGGACAACCUAUUUUAGUGUUGGAAGCAAUGAAGAUGGAGCACAUGGUAAAGGCACCAACUGGUGGGAUUGUCAAUGAGCUUCAAGUAACAGCUGGCCAACAAGUUUCAGAUGGUGGUGUUCUCUUCAGGGUUCAAGGAUGAGUAGAAUCUAUCUUGCUGUUCCGUUGAUGACAAAAUCUCGCUCAAUCAGAACAUAGCUUGUCCCAUCAAGUACAGAGGAGUUGACUACAUCUGUUGCAAGAAAAAUAACUUUCGGUAAGUGAACACUUGUACUCUUUGUCCACAUCAUAUAAGGAAAUCUACCAUCUUCGGAUGUAACAGCGAAAAUAACUCUUGUAAACUACAUUUGUUCUGGUAAUAAUAAAUACUUUCCAGUUCGU